AUGGUGAAGCCAGAUCCCGACUCACUAGGCGAGACAGCAGCCUCGACUACGGCUACAACGACGACGGCAACAGCUGCGCCCGCAACAACUGCAACGACAACAGCAACCGGACAGCCUCCAACAGUGCCUCCAGCUCCGAGCGGCAGCGCAGCAUCGUCGUCAAAAGACCCAAGUCGGCCCAGGAGGAAGAAGGCGAGGAGAGCUUGCUUCGCUUGUCAGCGCGCCCACUUGACCUGCGGUAACCAAUCCCUUCCCUCCCCCCCCUCCCUUCGCCUAGCCUAGCCUCGCCUCGCCCCGCAUAUUUGCGUUUGACAUGUGACUAAAGGGUUCCUUUGCAACGGAUUUUGUGGGUUCUAGGUGACGAGCGUCCAUGUCAGAGAUGUAUCAAGAGAGGCCUUCAGAACGCUUGCCACGACGGCGUCCGCAAGAAGGCAAAGUACCUGCACGACGCACCGAUCGAUGAUGCACCCGAUUUCGCCGGGGGGUUCGCCCCCUACCCGACACAUCGCGUCCCUGGGAAUAUAAACGUGGAUAUGUUGCCCCCGGAUGGGACUAUUAAUCCGGGGUCGAUUGAGUCUCCAGGGUUACAGGAGUCAUCUCCUACGAAGGGGUCUGUCGGUGGCAGGAGUACCGGUGACGGUGGAAAUGGCGGGGGAGCCGGAGGGAGUGGGAGCGGUGGGGGGCGUGGCGGUGGGAACUUUUCCGGAACUCUCCCAUUCGACCCGAGUGAUCCUGCCUUCUUCAAUUUCGACAUCGCGAGCUUGAACUUUGGGAGUCAAUAUGGCGCUCUCGAAUUCGGAGUCCUCGGCCGGAUGAGCGGACAAGCUGCCGAGGCGGACGACGGGAGCGUAGGAAACUACGCAUACUCGCCGAGCAUUGGGACUGGCGAGGGGUAUAGCGGGUUCUCGGCCCCGCAAGAUGACCCAUCGCACUUCCGCGAGGGCUGGGGCGGUAGCCAUGGAGGGAGGACUUCAGGAGCAGGACAUAGCGUCGGGUUCGCGGGGACUUACAUGAUUGAGGCCGGACCGGGGAGCCUCACCAGUCCAUCCCCGCCGGUAGAAUCCCCGCGACAGAAUUACAUUCAGAAUACGGCGCAGACUACAGCUGGCUCAGCGAAUUACGAUACAACGGCGACGAGUGGCCCCAUGAAUUCUCCCUCCUUCUACCAAUCCGGCGGACACCAUCGCCCUUCCCUCCAGCAGGCGCAAUCAGCAUCUGCAGCCCAGCAGCAGCAAGUCCCACAAGUCCAAGCCCCCAUACGUCGCCGCAGACUCCCGGAGGACCCUAGCCAGAUCUACAACUCUGUCGCGGCACCAUACCCAUACACGCUCCACUACCACCGCCUCUUCCACAUGCUUGAAACCCGCUUCCCCAAACCUCUCCUCCUGCGCAUCGCUCGGGCGAUGGCCUCGUUCCGCCCUUCCUUCAUCGCUUGCACACAGACGCUCAAAGCCGACGACCUCCUCUUCAUGGAAAAGUGCUUCCAGCGUACCCUCUGGGAGUAUGAGCGCUUCAUACAGAACUGCGGCACCCCAACUCUCGUCUGCCGACGCACGGGGGAGGUAGUUGGCGUCGGAAAGGAAUUCUGCAUGCUUACGGGCUGGGAAAAGCAGGUUCUCCUAGGCGAGAAGGCAAACCGAAACAUCAACGUGCCCGCUAACGGCGAAGUCGUUAACUUUCGGCCACCAUCCGUGGACGAGUAUGGUCUUGGUGGCGUUGGCGCCGCGGCCGGCGGUAGCGCGGGGGGAGUCGGCGGCGGCCUCGGAGGAAUGAAGAAACCCGUAUUCCUGGCCGAGCUCCUGGACGACGAAAGCGUUGUUGAAUUCUAUGAGCAGUUUGCCCGACUGGCAUUUGGCGACUCGCGCGGCGCUGUCAUGACGACUUGUAAAGUGCUCAAGUAUCGUGCUGAGAAGGACGAUAGUAAGAAGGAUGGCGUAAGGGAGGUUCGUGGCAUGGAUGGCCUCGGCGCGAAGGAUGGGAAGGUGGAGUGUGCAUUUUGUUGGACUAUUAAGAGGGAUGUGUUUGAUAUUCCCAUGUUGAUUGUUGCGAAUGUGAGUUUUCCCUCUUCCCCCCGUUUUCUUCGUGGGCGGGGUGGGAGCUAAUAAGCGUAUGUAUAGUUUCUCCCGAUUCUUCCGAGACCGACGCCUGAGGGGGGGAAGUAAAUUUGCUUUCUUACUUUUUCUUUUUCUCUGCUAUUUUAUGUCGAGCCGGGUACGGUAGGGUUGUGUGUGUAUGAUUCUAUGUGUUUUUGUUUUACCGCUCUUAUCAAGUACGCUUCAUCGGCUGGUUAUUUGUUUUAUUUACCUGAAAGUGGUGGGAUGUAAUGGGGGCAAUGCACAUCAUGUAUUUCUUUCUUUCCACCCCCCCUUGGGCUCCCGGUUUGUUUUUCAAUCCUCGUCUCUCGUUUCUUGUAUUUGGACCACAGUGCGUAGCUAUAGACUCCUGAGAAUCCUUUCUUUCCUCUCUUUUUAUAUCCUUUGGGUUUUGCUGGUUUGUUAACUUCAAUUCUUUGUUUAUACCUCGCGUUAGUGGGAAUCGUGUACCGCUCGUUAUUUGGGUGAUUUGGUCCCGUUCUGCCUGCCCACCUGCCUACCCGGCGUAGCGAUAUACCAUUGACUAUUUUCUGUAAUGUACGAGUAUGUACUGCACCUACACCGCUCUAUGUAGUGCGUACGAGUAAAAGUCUGCCGUUCGCU